AUGAGGAGCUUUGCAUUCGCCAUGAAAGCUGCUGGACUUUUGGUUCUGAUCGCCGUUUUAACAUCUGUUUAUGCGAAGAAGUCAUCUGAUGUGACAGAGUUGCAGAUUGGUGUUAAGGUAUGGUCUCUCACACAGCUUCCUCACUCUUUUGGUUAUGUAAUGAAGUUUGCUUACAGUUUAUCAUUUGUACAGUUCAAUCCCCAGACAUGUGAUAUUCAGGCUCAUAAAGGGGACAAGAUCAAGGUCCACUAUAGAGGAAAGUUAACAGAUGGGACUGUGUUUGAUUCAAGUUUUGAGAGAGGUGAUCCUAUUGAGUUUGAGCUUGGGAGUGGUCAAGUCAUUCCAGGAUGGGACCAGGGUCUACUUGGAGCUUGUGUAGGUGAGAAGAGAAAGCUCAAAAUCCCAUCCAAGCUUGGUUAUGGUGAUAAUGGCUCACCACCAAAAAUCCCAGGUGGGGCGACACUGAUAUUCGACACCGAGCUAGUUGCUGUGAACGGGAAACCAUCCAGCGAAGGAAAGACAAAGAAUGAGCUUUGA